AUGGGGGACGCGGUCCGGGGUGUGGGAGUCAAAGCGGAGGCACUCCGGAGCAAAAGAACCUCGGUGUGUGAGCCUUGCAUCAUCGGAAAGGAAACCCGUGAGCCCUUCCCUAAGGAGUCGGACUCCAAGGAUAGCAAAGAACCCCUAGAGCUCGUGCACAUGGACGUGUGCGGGCCCAUGCCGGUGACGUCAAAGGGGGGGAGUAGGUACUUGGCCACUUUCCUUGACGUCUAUAGCAAGCUUUCGGUGGUGCAACCGAUGAAGCGGAAGAGCAACGUCACGGCGGUCACGGAAAGCGUGUUUGCCCGCUUAGAGUUGCAAUCCGGGAAGAAAGUCAAGGGGGUGCAAACGAACCGGGGCGGGGAGUACGUCAACGAGGGAAUGACGGCCCUUCUCGGGAAGAGAGGGACGGUGCACCGCACCACGGCCGGGCACUCUCUCGAACAAAACGGUUCGGCGGAGCGGUUGAACCGGACGCUCGAGGAGAGAGCGCGGGCUUUGCUAGAAAAUGCUGGGUUGGGGCCGGAUUUGUGGGCGGAAGCGAUGGUGACGGCCAACUACACCCGGAACCGGGUUCCAUCGAGCGUGCACGGCAAGUCCCCAGGCUAUCCCUACGGGGAGGCCGACACUCAGCCCGGUGUAGGGGCUACUCCUACGGGGGAGGCCGACACCGGGAGCGAGGAAUAUCCGUUGAGGGGGACGGCGCUCAAGAGGAGACGGCGAGAAGAUACCCCGCACGCGAAAGGCGGGCGCCCGGGGAGUGGUACCGAGCGAAUUUGGCGGCGGAAACGGGGGAGCAUCCGAAGGGUUCGGGGGAGCAUCCGGAGCCGCAAACGGAUACACUUCGAGGAAGUCUAUGCUCCCGUGAGCAAGCACACCACGUUGCGAGCGCUCCUAGCGGUGGUCGCAAAGCGCGACUUGGAGCUUCACCAAUUGGACGUCGAGACGGCGUUUCUCAACGGGGAGCUCGAGAAGGCGAUCUACAUGCAACAACCGCAAGGGUACGAGCAAGGCGGGCCCAACGUGGUUUGCCACCUCAAGCGCACCUUAAACGGGGUGCGCCAAACGCCGCGUGCGUGGCACACGCGCUUGAAAGAGGAGCUCGGGAACUUUGAGUUCGUGGCGUCGUUGGCGGACACGGCGCUCUUUUCGGGAGUGGUGGACGGGGAGCGGAUUUACCUCAUUGUGUGGGUGGACGACAUUCUCGUCGCGGCCCUGGGGGGCGGAGCCGAUUGCGAAGAGGCGCACUGGGCGGCGGCGCUUGGGGUGGUGCGCUACUUGGUGGGCACGGCGGGAGCCGGAAUAACCUUCGGGGGGAGCGGCGAGGUCCUCGAGGAGUUUUGCGACGCCAAUUAUGCAGGGGACAUCAACACAAAGAGUUCUAUGACGGGGUACGUCUUCUUGAUGUACGGGGGAGCGGUGAGUUGGUCGAGCCGUCUUCAACUGACGGUGGCGGCCUCGACGGUAGGGGCGGAGUAUAUGAGCGCGGAAAACGCCGUGAAAGAGGCGUUGUGGUUCCACAAACACGGGGGAGAUCUCGGGUUGGACCUCGGAACGGUCCUAAUUCAUUGCGACAACCAAGGGGCAAUACGGCUCCUCAAGCAUCCGAUCGCUUCGCAGCGAUCGAAGCACAUUGACGUGAUUCAUCGGUUUGCGCAGAAGCGGGUGGCGCGGAAGGAGGUCGAGUUCGCGUAUUGCAAGAUGGAGGACAUGAAGGCGGACAUCUUAACCAAGGCGUUGGCACCCGGAAAGUUCUUGAAGUGCAAGAAGAAAUUGCAUAGGAUACUUAGUGCGUGGGGGAGUGUCAGAUUUGGGCGGUACUAG